AUCUCUAAUACCCAGUCUUUGAAGUGAGGCGCCCCGUGGGCUUGGAGAAUAAAGUAUUGGCGGCUCUUGGUUCGAAGAACGUGUGCCGAGCGUAUUUACGUCUUGCCUUUCUUUAACCCUUGCUUUGAUCAUCACCACAGUCAGGCCUCUUGGUGAACGGCGACUGCUGCUCUCCAUUGCGUCUGGAUCGCCACGGGAUGCAUAUGGAUUGAGACAUUCUUCUGGCUGGUUUCUGCUCCUUUUAAUCCGGCGAUCUUGCCCCAUAUCGCACACAUAUAUGGUGUGAUUCCCUCCUCAACCCCUGGUCCAUAACUUGUAUCCGUCGCGUUUUGGGGACGUCCUUCGUUGAUGCAGGCAAAACCCGUACUCUAGGUGUUGGUAUCUCCGGCCGUAGUUUCUGACGAAUCAGACAUGAAGUCAUGGCAUCCAGAAUGCCGACCAAGAUACUGAUCUACUUGCUUCGACACGAUCUGCGCUUUUCGGACAAUCCCGUAUUCCACGAGAUCCAGGAGUCCUUCCAAUCCGGUACGGCUGCAUUUACGCAUCUGCUCCCACUGUAUGUCUUCCGGUCCCACCAGAUCGAGAUCUCUGGAUUCAUCCCUGCGGCUAAGGAUGAAGAAUCUAUGCCCAAGUCACCUUAUCCUGAAGCUCGAAGCCAAGUUGCGGGAUUUUGGCGAUGCGGUCCUCACAGAGCCAAGUUUCUCGCAGAAAGCGUCUGGGACCUCAAGAACACGCUGGAGCAGAAGCACAGCGGCUUGGUGAUCCGAGUUGGACGGGUCACGGACGUCCUGCGCGACAUCUUCAACCACGUCGACAAUGCAGACAGCUCUUCCGGCAAGAAGUCCGCCUCAUCAGCAGACCUACAGGUUGUUGGCGUGUGGAUGACGAAAGAUGAAGGCUAUGAGGAAAAGCAAGAGGAGGCGGAGGUUCGGAGUCUGGUUGAGAGCUCCGGACGUGAAUAUCGGGCUUUCGACGACGAGAAAUAUUAUGUCAAUGACAGCGACCUGCCUUUCACAAAGAUAGAGGAUCUUCCGGAUGUCUUUACGACGUUUCGCAAGUCUAUCGAGCCGUUGCGCGCCAGGGCGCGACUGCCGCUUCUCGACGUGGCCAAACUUCCACCGCUGCCUCAAGAGACCUGUAUUCCGCGCCAGAUCCGACCGUUCGAGAUCCCGACGAAUCUCCCGGAUCUGAUCUCGUGCUUGCUUCGGCCGAUCGACAUUGACAAGGACUUCCCGAAUCCGCCGUCGUGGCCGGGAGACACGCAAUCAGCGCACCCGUUCCAUGGAGGCGAGAGCGAGGCUCACAGACGAGUCGAUUAUCUGCUUUCUAGCGGCGCAAUGACAGCGUACAAAGAAACACGCAACGGUCUCCUAGGUCCAGACUUCAGCACGAAGCUCUCUGCCUACCUAGCACUUGGCUGCAUCUCCGCAAGGCAGGUCUCUGCCGAGAUGGCUCUGUUCGAAGAUGGGGAGAUCCGCAACGACAGGUGGGGCGGCACGCGUGAGGAAAAGCUGGCGAAGCUUGAGCGUUGGAAGCAAGCCGCUGGCUUUGGGAAGGGAGAGAACGAAGGCACGGCGGGCGUGCGCUUUGAGUUGCUGUGGCGGGACUACUUCAGACUUGUCGAGCGCAAGUACGGUGCCAAGUUGUUUGCCAUCCAGGGACUGCGCGGAGGCAAGUCCAAGGAUUGGCAGUAUAUGAGAGGUUUGGCAGAGGAGGAGGUGCGCGCGAAGCUGCGUAGGUUCUGCACGGGCAGAACGGGCCUCGGCCUGAUCGACGCCGCUCAGCGAGAGCUGUAUCUGACCGGCUACACGAGCAACAGAGCGCGCCAGAACGUGGCCAGCUUUCUGGCCAAGCACCUGAACAUCGACUGGCGGCUGGGAGCAGAGUGGUACGAGUGCAUGCUCGUCGACUACGACGUCGCCAACAACUGGGGCAACUGGCAGUACGUGGCCGGGGUUGGGAACGACCCGCGCGAGGGCCGUCUCUUCAACCCGGUGAAGCAGGCCCUCGACUACGACCCAAGAGGCGAAUAUAUCAAAGCCUGGGUAAAGGAGUUGCGAGAUGUUGACCUGGGCGCCGAAAAAGAGGGUGCCAAGCACGACGAGGAGAAGUUGAUGGGCCUCUUCCAGCCAUGGAGACUGGCCCCCGAGGAAAAGCAGAAGCUUGGACUGCGAGAGCUUGAUUUUGUCGAUAAGCCGCUCGUUCAGAUCCAGUUCUCUGUUGGUCGUAAGCCUCGCGCACCUGGACGGAAUAGGGGCCGGGGGUUUCGGGGGCGUGGAGGCGAGCGAGGGGGAGGCGGGAAGGCUUCCUUGAGCGGCCCGCGGGGCUCAGGCCGCGGCGGCAGAGGCAGAGGACGAUGGCGUGGCGAAAACCAAGCCCCCGCAGAGACGGAGAAGCAAGACUCCCACGAGGGCUGAGACGAAAAAAAAAAUUGAGAGAAGAAAAGGAAAGGACAGAACAGGACAGGACUGUAUUAUUUGGCUUGACUCACAAUCUCCGUUGAAAGCGUUCUAGCGUUGCAUUUCUGUAGACUUGCCAGCCCUUGCUCUUGUACUAUACUUGGUCUGCACCUUGGUACUACGGAUUGGAAUCGACAUCCUAAGCAGCUUCUGGUCAUGGCGCACUCUUCUUACUUGGGUUUGAUUUUUCUUCAGCGGGAUGCCACAAUAGUCCAUGUUCAAGAAAGAGUUGUGAGAAUGUUGUGCAUAGUAUGUUUUGCCUGGGUUGUCUCUGGAGCACCGACAGCGAAUGAUGAAUGAAGUGAAUCUUCUUAUC